AUGGCCUCCCAAGACGACGACCUCUCCCGCCUCCCCGCCUCGCCGCACACCCUCCGCGAGAUCGAGCACGCCGUCACCCUGGCCCGCCACUGCCGCCGCCGCCUGACCACCGUCGGCUCCGGCCACUCCCCCUCCGACAUGACCUGCACCUCCUCCUGGCUGCUCAACCUCGACCGCUUCGCCCGCGUGCUGGCGGUUGAUGCGGCUACGGGGCUGUGUACGGUGGAGGCGGGCAUCCGCCUGCGUGAUCUGAGUGCUGCGCUGGAUGGGCGGGGGCUGGCGCUGCCGAAUCUUGGCAGUAUUGAUGAGCAGAGUGUGGCGGGCGCGAUUGCGACGGGCACCCACGGGAGUAGUUUGCGCCAUGGGCUGGUCAGUGAGUGCGUGGUGGCGUUGAAGGUGACGAUGGCGGAUGGGAGGACGAGGGCCUGUUCGGCGGAGGAGCGGCCGGAGCUGUUUCGCGCGGCGUUGUUGUCGGUGGGUGCGCUGGGUGUGGUGACGGAGGUGACGCUGCGCGCGGUGCCGGCGUUUUCGUUGGCGUGGAGCCAGACGAUUGAUGCGGAUGCGAGGUUGUUUGAGGGGUGGGAUGAUGUGCUGUGGAAGCAGGCCGAGUUUGUGCGCGUGUGGUGGUUCCCGUACAUGCGACGCGCGGUGGUGUGGAAGGCGGAUCGCGUGGAGAAGGAGGAGAUCGAGGCCGGGAGGGUGCGCCACAGCCAGCCGCCCACCAGCUUCCAGGACAGCCGGCUGGGGUAUAUCGUGUACCAGAACCUGCUGGCGCUGGCGCGGUGGUUCCCGCGGGUCACGCCCUGGAUCGAGUGGUUUGUCUUCGGGCUCAACUACGGCUUCCGCAACGGCGAGAGCACGCGGGUCAGCGGCUGCCAGGAGAGCUACAAAGCCUUCCUUCUCAACUGCCUCUACAGCCAGUUCGUCAACGAAUGGGCCAUCCCCCUCCACAAAGGCCCCGAAGCCCUCCAACGCCUCGGCGCCUGGCUCAACCGCCUCCAGCCCGGCGACCCGGGCUACGUCGACCACCGCAUCCCCUUCAGCGCCGACGGGCUGUGGGUGCACAGCCCCGUCGAGGUGCGCGUGAGCGACACCACCGUCCACACCGACAGCACCACGCGCAACAACCGGCCCUUCCUCGACAUCACGCCGGACGACGGCCCCGCGCUGUACCUCAACGCGACCAUGUACCGGCCCUACUAUCGCGACCCCCCCCACGAGGCCACCGAGCGCUACUACCGGGCCUUCGAGUGGCUGAUGCGCGACCUGGGCGGCCGCCCGCACUGGGCCAAGACCUUCUCGGUGUCCCCCGGCGAGUUUGCGACCUGGUACGGCGCCGACUGGCGGCGCUUCUGCGCCGUGCGCGACAAGGCCGACCCGGAGGGCAUGUUUGUCGGGCCGUGGCACCGUCGCUAUCUGCUGGGUGAGGGCGACUCGUCGUCGCCGUCGGAUUCGUCGGAGGAGGGUGAUGAGGAAAAGGGGUUGCGGAGGCUUGCGCUGGAGGAGGUCGGGUUUGUGCACGAGAAGGCCGAGGGGGGCGGCAUCUGCGUGUUUGGGAGGCAGAACUCCAUUGUGCCGGCGUAG